CUGACCGGAAGUCGUGUUUCUGUUUACCCGGUGCUAGUUACAGUUAGCAUAGGAGCCUGUUAGCCGUGGUCAGGGUUACCUGUUGCCUGUACCUGAACACUGUCCAGGUGUUAUCGAGUGUGCUGCGUAAUGACGUCAUGUGACCCUUACAGACGGUGAUGGCUCCCAGCAGCAGUAGUUCUGUGUCUCACGGCUUCCCUGUGGUCGCAGUGUGUCUUGCAGCUCUGCUGCUCUCUAACCUGCUGCUCUACCUGUACCUGGACUCUCUCUAUCACAGCGAUGAUCACCCGUUCUCCACUAAUGACCACUGUCUACCUGGGCACUUUAAGAUGACCACCAUGAGGAACUGCACGCCCUGGCUGCAGUGUUCACAGAUUAAAGCCGAGGUCCACCCGCUGAAGCUGGUCGGACAGGGAGCGGUCAAAAAGGUGUACCUGUCAGAGUGGAGGGGACAGAAGGUGGCUCUGUCCAGUCUGUCCUCUCUGGAUUACCUGGAGGACUUUCUGCAUGGACUGUCGAUGCUCCGGGCCCUGCAGGGACCCUGGGUGGUGCAGCUGGUGGGGCUGUGCCUGGAGGACCACACUCAGGUCACAGAGUUCCACCCUCUGGGCUCCCUGCUGAACCUGGAGGCCGUCCUCUCUCAGGAGCAGCACCUCAAACACAACAGCUGGCAGGUGAGACUCAGCCUGGCCACGGACUACGUCUCCAUCCUUCAGUUCCUCCACAGCAGCCCGGCCGGGCGGAGGGUCAUGUGUGACUCCAACAGCCUGGAGAAGACUCUGUCCCAGGUCCUGCUGACCUCUGACCUCCACCUGGUUGUGAAUGACCUGGACGCUCUGCCGGAGGUAGACCGGUCCAGGGGCCUGCUAGUGAAGUGCGGGCACCGGGAGCUAACGGGGGACUUUGUGGCCCCGGAGCAGUUGUGGCCCCUCAGAGACGAGACCUUUUCAGACCAGCUCAUGCCGGCGUACGACGAGAAGACGGACAUCUGGAAGAUCCCUGACGUCACCUGGUUCCUGAUGGGACGGGUUCCCGGAGGAGACCUGGUCCACUUCCACCUGUUCCAGAUCCACGAGCAAUGUAAAAAGGUGGACCCUAAGCUCCGCCCCUCAGCUCAGGACGUUCUACGGGUGUACAAAUCAGUGUUCAGCAGCAUGGUGAGGGACAGAGAGACGCUGUAGGACUCCACGAGACCGUCUAAUAAACCAAGCUCUGUUUGAAACUC